CUGGAGCUACUGGAGCAAAAAUAAUUUAGAAUAAAAUUACCAGAGUAAAAGUAAAACAAUACAGUGUAGAUCAAAUACUCCUAAAAGUGAUUAAAAAAAAGUUACUCAAGUAAAUGUAACUGAGUAAGUGUAACUAGUUACUACCCAAAUGAAAGAUUUCUUCUGAGCUUCAGGUUCUGGAGUUUAUUCCUGUUACAACACGGAGAGAGAAAACGUCUCUGAUUGGCUGGAAAACACCUGAGAAUCAAUCCGACCUGAACCGGAUGUCUGAAGGCGCGAUGGGUUUAGACCCGGAGGUCCGACCGGAACCAGUUCUGGGGAUCGGAUCGGAUCGGUUGUUACAGUGAGACAGAAACCAUCAGGACAGAAGAAGAAGAGUUUAUAAAACUUUAACCCUCCACAGCAGCUGAUGGGAAGCGCUAACUAAAAUGUUAGCAUUGUGCUAAUAGUUCAUUUAGAGGGAUGAACAGUCUAAGUUUCUUUAGGAAGUUGAUGCUAAAACACUUUAGCAACGUGGCAUUUAGCAGAAGCUAAUCCUUAAACACUGAUCCCGCUCUGUGCUAGCAACACAGCCUGCGCUGCGUCUCCUUUCACUCGUGGUUUUACUUUUAUAACCAAAACUUCAUCAUGUCAAAGUUUAUCAAGCUGAAAGAAAAUUAACGCUAUAGAAAAGAAAACUGUAGUUACUAAGUGUGCUAAAUGUUUUCAGGGGACGGAGGAAUGCUAAGUGACACAUUAGCUCCGCUAUUAGCACAGUAAUGGAGGUAUUCCUACUAAUGACAAACAGAACAGAUAUUUUUUAAGAAAGUUUUUCAGAAACUGUCAGAAUGGAUCAGAAUCUAAAAUCUGAGUUUUAAGUUUUUCAGAAUUUUAUCUAAGCAUCAAAAAUAAUGAAAAAAGAGAAAAUAUUAAUGUCGUAACUCAGCAGCUUCCUCAGAUCUGUUUGUUUCUGUUUGUUUGUGUUUGUUUGUGUUUGUUUCUGUUUGUUUGUUUGUUUGUGUUUGUUUGUGUUUGUUUCUGUUGGUCACUGGAUUCAUGUUGCUCUCGGUGUUCCACAGGGAGGAAGUCUUGGUCCUCCAUUUUCCUCUAUCAUUAGAAAAUCAUAUUUAUUUUCACACUCCCGAAAUGUCCAUCAAACAGAAUCUUCUUUUUGGUUCUGAGUGAUUAUUGAUUUAUUGUUUAUAUUUGUUAAAUGAAGACUUCCUGGUUUAUUCUCGCUGUUAUUGAUUCUUUGUGAUCUUUUGGGAACUGAUUUUUUAGUUUUGACCGAACUGAACCUGUUUGGUUGGAUUUUCUUGAUCCAAAGGUCCGAAGUUUCUGGACCUCAAGUAAAAACAAAAUGGCUGCAAAAAAGUGAAUAAAACUAUGAUGGUUGUUGGUGUCAGAAAUAACAGAUUUAAAAACAGGGCGGGGCGGGGCGAGGAGAGAGAGAGAGAGAGAGAGAGAGAGAGAGGGAGAGAGAGAGAGUGAGAGAGAGAGAGAGAGUCCUGCCUCCUCGCGCCUCUUGGCUGCAGCUCGGCCAGUUUUGCGCACUCGGAGUUUUGCGCAUCUGGUCGUCUUCACCAGCAGCAGCAGCAGCUCUUCCUGCUCAGAUGUGACUCGGUCCGACUCGGAGCAGAACUUGUGAUUCCUCUCCUCCUCCAGCUUCCCGCCUCUCCUCUCCUCUCCUCUGCCGCGCUGCGCCGCCGCCGGAUGGAUUGGUCGCUCUGGGUUUGAUCGGGACUCGGUUCGGGACUCGGUUCGGGCUCUCCGCAGCUCCUCUGGAUGUGAACAGCUCCGCGGAGCCCAGUCUGAGUGCGGCUGCUUUCCGGGGAUCUGCUCGCUGUGAUCCUCCUCAGCGCUGCGCCUUUUCCGCUUCUCCUGCGUUUGCGCCAUGACUUCCAGCUAUGCGCACGUAAUGGACCGGCAGGCCGCCAUCUCGAACCGUUUGGAGAGUCCCAUCACGGCGAACCUGGACAACCUGCAGGCCAAGAAGAACUUCUCGGUGAGCCACCUGCUGGACCUGGAGGAGGCCGGGGAGAUGGUGGGAAACCAGGCCGACGAGGGCGUCGGGGAGGCCGGGCGCAGCAUGCUGGAGUCCCCGGGACUGACCAGCGGCAGCGACACCACCCAGCAGGAGAACGAGCAGAUGAACACGGAGGAGAAGAAGAAGCGGAAGCAGCGCCGGAACCGGACCACCUUCAACAGCAGCCAGCUGCAGGCGCUGGAGCGGGUCUUCGAGCGGACGCACUACCCGGACGCCUUCGUCAGGGAGGACCUGGCCCGCCGGGUCAACCUCACCGAGGCCCGCGUCCAGGUCUGGUUCCAGAACAGGAGAGCCAAGUUUCGCAGGAAUGAACGAGCCAUGCUGGCCAGCAAAAACGCCUCUCUGCUCAAGUCUUACUCAGGAGAAGUCACGGCGGUGGAGCAGCCCAUCGUGCCGCGCCCCGCGCCGCGCCCCAACGACUACCUGUCCUGGGGCAGCGCUGCCCCCUACAGCGCCAUGGCGACCUACCCGCCCACCUGCUCCAACACCAACACGUCCCAGGGCAUGAACAUGGCCAACAGCAUCGCCAACCUGCGGCUCAAAGCCAAGGAGUACAGCUUGAACCAGGUUCCCACGGUCAACUGAGCCGCCGCCGCCGCCGGACAGGACAGGAAACGGCCACGCCCCGGGACGAGGGCGGGGCUUCUAACCUGAGGUGACUUUACUUCCUCCUGAGGUUCUCUGAACUCUGACGGACUUCCUGAGCGGAUUUAGCCUCGAGCGUCUGGCUUUGACUGAGACUCGGACCCGGACCGUUUGGAAUCCCCCGUUUUCCUUUUUCUUCUUUUUUAAACGUCGCGGAUAAAAACCAAAAGUGGGACCAACCAGCCAAACACUUUGUCAUUUACUCAAUAUUUUUUUAAAACAUGUUUUUUCUCCAUGUUAUACCACUGAAAAGCCGCUUCAGUGCAUUCUGACCUACAUGUUAUAUAGUCCAGUAUAAAGUUAAUGUAUUUCUGAAGCCGAACCAGUAGAUAAUUUCCUAUGAUAUACUUUAUUUGUAACAGAACCUUGUAUAUGAAUAAAAACAGCAUUUCAAGCAA